AUGGAGAAGAAAUUCUUUGGUCUUGUCUUGUUGCUGCUCAUUGUCUUGGCUUCUCAGGAAAUGGUGGUACCGACUGAGGCUAGGGUUUGUUUGUCACAGAGCCACCAGUAUAAAGGAACAUGCAUAAGAGGCCACAACUGUGCUAUGGUGUGUAAAACUGAAGGUUUUGCCGGUGGUGAAUGCAAAGGAUUCCGCCGCCGCUGUUUUUGCGCUAAGCUUUGUUAG